UAACCCUUAUAUGAUAAUCACAAACUUUUGUCUUCACUCUUCACAAUUCCACAAAUUUACACCAUCCUUCAACUAUUUUUCAAAGUCAAAGAAAUACUCCAAUGUAUAUUUUAGGGUCCCUUUUCUCUACGUUCACAACACCACCAACCAAAUCAACCCAAAAUUAAAUCCUUAGUUAUCCUUUUCUCUACGUUCAUAUCACAAAACCAAACUCUUGUUCCUUCUUCACUAUAUAUUCCACAAACUCAUUCACACCCUUCAACUCCAUAUACCACACACACACACUUUCAUCACAUCAACAGAAAAAUAAAACAUAUGAUGAAACCUUUGAUCAACUUCAAAACCAUACUAAUCCUCUUCUUUUUCAUCUCCCUCCAUAACCACCUUCAAGCCUAUGAUCCUGGAUUUCCACUUGUGGGGACCACCGCCACCCAAUAUAAUAUUCCAACCAACAUUGCACUCCAAGAGACAGGUGAUGAUGAUGCUAGUAGUGAGCUUGAUGCUCUACUAACCUGGAAAGGUAGCCUGGACAAACAAAGCCAACAUAUGUUGGCUUCAUGGCAACCAAAUCACCCUCCUUGCGGCGGCAAUUGGUCUGGAAUUUCAUGUAAUGAAGCUCAAAGAGUCGAAACUAUAUAUCUUGAUAGUUAUGGUUUAAGAGGUACACUUCAUGAUUUCACCUUCUCAUCCUUUAAACAUCUCACAGAAAUCUCCCUUGGUAAUAAUUCACUGUAUGGAACAAUUCCCUCUAACAUAAGCAUGUUAUCCAAACUAGUCUACCUUGAUUUACAAUAUAACAAUUUCUCUGGAUCAAUCCCACUUUCCACAUGCUUACUAACCAACCUAGAAAUUCUUAGCCUCUACCAUAACAAUAUUUCUGGCACUAUCCCUAAACAAAUCGGCAACAGCCUUGUCAAACUGACUUUUCUCGAUUUGAGUCGAAACACCCUAACAGGUGUAGUCCCGGAUUCUAUUGGGAAUUUAACGGAAUUAAUAACCCUUACACUUUCCUACAAUCAACUAUUUGGAUUUAUUCCUUCGUCGAUUGGAAACUUGAUUAAACUAGAAAAGCUUCAACUAUAUGGCAAUCAACUUAAUGGUUCAAUUCCUCAAAGUAUUGGUAGGCUGACAUCUUUGGUUAUUCUUGGAUUAUCAAUCAACAAUUUGAGUGGUCCGAUACCUUCUUCCAUCGGCAAUUUAGUGAAACUCGAAACCUUAUAUUUGUAUGAAAAUGAGUUAUCUGGUUCAAUUCCUAACACUAUUGGUAGGCUAACAUCUUUAGUUGAUCUUGAAAUAUCAGUUAACAAUUUGAGUGGUCCGAUACCUUCUUCCAUCGGCAAUUUAGUGAAAUUACAGAUCUUAUACCUAAAUCAAAAUCAAUUAUCUGGUUCAAUACCCUCUUCCUUUGGAAGUUUAGUGGAAUUGGAGAAAUUACAGUUAGAUCUUAAUCAAUUAUCUGGUUCAGUCCCCAAACAAUUCAAUAACUUGAUACAUUUUAAACAUUUGCAACUUAGUAAUAACAAUCUUUCUGGUUCUUUACCGGAUAACAUAUGUCUCGGUGGACAACUUACUAACUUUGCUGCAAACCAAAAUCAAUUUACCGGAAGACUGCCUAUGAGCUUGAAAAAUUGUACUACUCUCAAAAGAGUUCGCGUUGAAAUGAACCAAUUAUCCGGAGACUUGUCGAUAGACCUUGGAGGAAUAUAUCCUCACUUGAAUUACAUUGAUCUAAGUCAUAAUAACUUUUAUGGAACACUACCAUCUAAGUGGGGACAAUGUAAAAAUCUAACAAGCUUGAAGAUCUCAAACAACAAAGUUGGUGGGAGAUUACCUGAAAAUCUUGGAGAAGCUUCUCAAAUUCAUAUGCUUGAUCUUGGUUCGAAUAAAUUGUUAGGGGAAAUUCCAAUUUCUAUUUUCAGAAAUAUGACUUCUUUAUUCAAUCUUAACUUAGAAGGCAACAUGUUGUCUGGAGUUAUUCCGAACGAAAUUAGAAUGCUCUCUGAGCUUUCUUCUCUCAACCUAGGAUCAAACAAUUUGAGUGGCGUAAUUCCUCGAGAUAUUGGAGAGUGUAGAAACCUCCAGAUAUUGAAUCUGAGUUCUAACUCUUUUGGUGCAAAUAUUCCCUCACAAAUAGGAAAUAUACGCUCGCUUCAAAAUCUUGAUUUGAGUCAUAAUCAGUUGAGUGGUGAAGUUCCUCAAGAAUUCGGGAAACUUGUUGUUUUAGAAACUCUAAGGCUUUCUAACAAUAACAUAUCAGGUCUUUUGCCAUCUACUCUUGAGAAUUGUGUAAGUUUGACAUCAAUAGAUAUAUCAAAUAAUGAGUUAGAAGGUCCAUUGCCUAAUAUUCUAGCUUUUCGAAAUGCUACAUCCGAUUUGGUGAAGAAUAAUAAAGGUCUUUGUGGACGAGAUAUUGAUGGUCUAACUCCAUGUUUUUCAAAAAAUCAAAGGAAGAAAAGCUCAAAAAAAGUCGUGAUAUUGAUCGCAGUGUUCGUAGGAAUCUUUGUUGUGAUUGUCGUCCUAGUUGGAAUUUUUAUGUGUGCCCGAAAAGGGAAAAAAACUAUGAAAAUUACGGAGGUGAUUAAUCCAAUAGAUGAUUUGCUUUCAAUUUGGAGCUUUGAUGGGAAAAUGGUCUAUGAGAAUAUUAUUGAAGCAACUGGAGACUUCAAUUCUCAAUAUUGCAUCGGGCAGGGAGGAUAUGGAAGUGUUUAUAGGGCCGAGUUAUCAACUGGUCAAGUUGUUGCAGUGAAAAGACUCCACAACUCAGAAGAUGUUUUGAGGUCGUCUAAAAUAGAGAAAAGCUUCAUAUCUGAAAUUCAAGCACUAACUGAAAUGCGACACCGUCACAUUGUGAGGCUAUUAGGAUUUUGUUCACAUGUUAGGAACUCAUUUUUGGUUUAUCAGUUUGUGGAUGGAAGCAACCUUUCAAAUAUCUUGAUGAAUCAUGAAAAAGUUCAAAACUUCAAAUGGAUUAAUAGAUUCAAUGUUGUUAAAGGAGUGGCAGAUGCAUUAUCCUACAUGCAUCAUGAAGUAUCACCUUCCUUGAUUCACAGAGACAUAUCAAGCAAGAAUAUCAUGUUAGAUGAGAAUUUUGAAGCUCAUGUAACAGACUUUGGCACUGCAAGAUUCUUGAGUCACAAUUCAUCUUAUCAGACUUCAUUUGCCGGAACAUUCGGAUACACAGCUCCAGAACUUGCUUAUACUGAGGAGGUAAACGAGAAGUGUGAUGUGUACAGUUUCGGGGUGCUAACAUUAGAAGUGGUGAUGGGGAUGCAUCCAGGUGAUCUAAUCUUAUCGUCGAUAUUAUCAUCAUCCGCCACUUCUUUGACGAUUUUGCUAAAAGAUGUAAUCGACCAACGUGUUUCACCUCCUGUCAUGGAUGAGAUAGACAAGGUAAUUCUCAUGACAAAGUUGGCAUUUGCUUGUCUGCAACAAAAUCCUCAAUCUCGCCCGACAAUGCAUGAUGUUUCUAAUCAACUAGCAGCAAAAUUGAAGCCAAACAAAGCUGCAGGGGUCGAGUUUUCAUCCAUCAAAAUUGGUGAACUGCUUCCAAUCGGGUGUUUGUUCCAUGUUUAGAACAGAUUUGUAGUAGUUUGAAGAUCAAUCAAUAUUCAUUAUUUGUUCUCAAUAAGUAACAUAUCAACGUUGGUUGGUAGCACUUGAAGUAAAUCUUGAAUAAAAUAGCUUCUUAUUAUCA